GAUGGAGGCAGGAGCACUCGUCCUGCUGCUGUUGGCUUUACUGGGCUCUGCGUCCACUCUCAGCUUCUAUGGAGACAGUCUGAGCUUCAUGCUUCCAAAGAAGAACAAGGACGGGACUUUCAUGGUGACCUUCCAUCACAGACAGAACGGCCGGAGCAGCUGCCAGGAUCAGUCGUCCUUCAAAUGUGGCGGAGACGUCUGCACCAGCUUUAAUAAGACACGUGUCCUGCAAACAGACAAGGAUGCAACGGGCCAGGGCCGGUGGUGCCAGACUGAAGGACGCACGACAGCGACCGUCUCGACCAAUGAAACCUCCUUCUCUCUGAGGGGCUCCGGCUGCUGCUGGGAGUCCAACGUCAACGGACAAACAAACUGGACGAGUCUGGCACAGCUGGACCUGGGAACUCGCUCUGACUCACGUGCCAUCAACAACUGUCCUGUGACCACGACAGUGUCUCUUAUAAGGGUUCCUCAGAACUGUUUUUCAAGGAUUCGUCUUCUGGCUCAUGAUCCAGACGGAGACGACGUGAGAUGCAGCUUCAGCUCAGGGGUCCCGGUUCCCUCCAACUUUACUCUGGACAAGGCAGCGUGCACACUGACACGAGCAGGUAACAUCUCCGUCGGCGUUCAAGUGUUUGAGCUGAUGCUGGAGGACUUUCCUUCUGGAAACAUCACUGUGACGUACGCAGACGGAUCGUCAGUGGUUCACAACGUCUCCGCCGUGAAGUCGUCACCUCUCUGCAAAGUAAAGCUGCAGUUCUCAGUGCAGGUCCUCCCUCCAGUACCGAGGUGUGAAGUUGGUCAUGUGCAGCCCAUGUUCUUGUCUAAGACUCCGUCACAUGGGGAUGUUCUUCAUGCCACAGUGGGUAAGCAGUUCCAGCUCUACGCCCAAGCGCAGGCUCCCCACAGCAGCAUCCAUGACUUCCAGGUCAGCGGCCCUCAGAACAUGAGCAAAACCUUCAAGGACGACACAGAUGGAAAAGCCGAGGUCACCGUGCAGUGGACGCCGCAGCCCAGCGAUCUGUACAGAUUCGUCCCGUUCUGCUUCACCGCAGAGACCAAUGAAACCCAGUCAGAGAUGAGGUGUGUUGUUGUCAUGGUGACCCAAUCAUCUAUCACUCAAGGCAAGGCCUCUGUUCAAUGCUCACCGAACAAGAUGACGGUGACCCUGGACACUGCGUCCAUGCCUGGCAUCGACAAUAACUUCCUGCAGCUGAACGACCCCUCAUGCUCCCUCACCACCAACGGCUCGCAGAUUACAGGCACCAUGUCGUUCACCGCCUGUGGCACAAAAAUUGAGGACUCAGGGGACUACAUCAGCUUCAAGAAUGAGAUCAACUCCAUUGAGCUGCCCAACGAGGUUAUAACCCGCAGGAGGAAGGUUAAGAUUGGCUUCUCCUGCCAGUUUCCCAAAAUCAUUAGCAUCUCCAGUUACUACAACCUCUACAAGUCCGACUACAUCUUCACCGAGGCCAGCUUUGGCAGCUUUGGCUACACCUUCGAUAUAUUCCCUGAUAGCAACUUUACAAAUAAGGUGGAGGCCAAGGCCUAUCCAGUAGAGGUCAAGCUGCUGGACAUGAUCUACAUGGGCAUUCAAGCUCAGUCGGAACUUCCGGAUGUUAAAGUGUUUGUCGAAUCCUGCAAAGCCACUCCUGAUGACAACCCUGAGAACCCCCUCUUCUACGACCUCAUCAAGAAUGGGUGUCUUAAGGAUGAGACAGUUAAAGUCUUCCCAUCUAAUGCGACUGAGUUCAAAUUUGGGGUUCAAGCCUUCAAAUUUACCGGAAACCUUGAACAGGUGUACAUCACCUGCUCCGUCAUCAUGUGUGAGGCGGCCAGUUCCUUUUCCAGAUGUGCCCAGGGCUGUCAGCCGAGUGCAGCCCGCAGACGCAGACGAGGGCUGAGCACGGAGACAGCUGGCCACUACAUUACCCAGGGUCCUUUGCGGUUUGUCGGGUCGUCUGUGUCCGAAGAGCCAAUGGAUGAUAAAACAAAGAGUGACAAGCCCCUUGCAG